CUUUUCCCGCUUAGGAUUAUCAUCCUAAGAUUUAUUGCCUCUCUUAGCUAGUGUCUCUAUUCAGAGUCAGUAUAUUCGAUCUUAUUACACACUCAACAUGGCUAGAUAUUUUGGUCAGGCCUCUCCAACAGAGCUUAGAGACCUUGAGCGUAAUGCUCUAAGAGCCACCAAUGAUCAGAUGGCAAAGGCUGCUUCUAUGCUUCAGGCAGCGUUCGAUGGCAAGGCAUACUACGCUUGGUUCGGUGGAUGGGCUCUUAAGCUUCGAGGGUCUACUCGUGAGACCAAAGACCUCGAUCUUCUGGUAUUGGCGACCGACGUUCACCAAGUCAGGGCAAUCUUAUCUCCAUACAACUGGGCAAUUCUUUCAUACUAUGAGAUUAUGGGUAGCAUCCAGGAGAGAAUGUUCGUGGACAUUGGGGAAGAUGGGCAGGUUGUUGGAGUGGAUAUUGUUCUCUCAGGCCAACUAGGUACCCCCUUGUUAGGAGAAGAAGACUCUCUUGAACUUAUCACGCCUCAUUUUGAGACACCUCAAGGAUCCCAGGUCCCAGUCAUCGCCUUAACUUGGCAGGUCGAAGUAAAAUUACGAACAUGGAUGUCAAGAAAGAAGCGAUCAGACUAUUUGGAUCUAAUAUUCCUGCUCAGAAAAUAUGGAAGGGAUAUUAGAGAGUGGAGUGAGCACCUGUCAAAGGAGUGGCGUCAAGAAUUUUACGAGGUAUUUGAGAUUGAAGAGCGUGAUGAGGCGGCUCGCAAGGAGAUGAGAAGUGUUCUUCAACUAUAGUAGGAGGUCAAAUAGUAAGAAAGAAAAGAGGCGGCAUUGUCUUGCAGCUCGGACUCGAACCUGUGAUACUAACGACAAAAAAGAGCGAAGGGAACGUUCUGGGAUUCCGGACUCCCCGCUCGACCACGUUGGUAAUCGGUUGUUCCAA